GGGGGCGUCCACCCGCGUCUUUCAUAGUAACCGAGGCGCGCCGCUCCCUGCCAGACUUCUCAGCCAGGGGCACCGGCGUCUCGCAGCGAUCAGCGCCGGAGGUGCGUGCCGCUCACCCCCGCCGCUACGCCGCUCCUUGCAGGCUCCGGUCCGAUCGCUUCCACCCUCCACGCCGCCCGCUUUCCGGAGCACAAGGAUCUUCCCUGGAAGCUGGAUGAAUUAUUGGAGAGUUGUGAACAAGUGCGAGAAGAAAGCCGAGGCUCGGGAUCCGCCUCCGCGCUCCGUCCAGGGCAGAGACGCACAAGUGGACGAUAAUGGAGGGGACGUCCCUGUACCUCCCUGUGGUUAUUAUACUGGUGCAAUGUUCCCCCUCCUUUCCCGUUACCGUGUCGACCGACAGACACAAGGUGGAGGUGCACGAGUUCUUAGACGCGGUGCUGUCCUGCACGUUCCGCACGGAGAAGGACCAGAACCCGCGCAUCGAGUGGAAGAAGAAGGGGAAGGACGUGUCUUUUGUCUACUUUGAAGGACACUUCAGAGGUCCCUUCGAGGACCGCGCUACCAUCGAGGGGGCCACCGUCACGCUGAAGAGGGUGACCCAGGACGACGCCGGGGAGUACCGCUGUGAGAUCAGCGCCCCCCUCGAUGCCGUCAACCUGGGCGAGACCAACGUCACCCUCAAAGUCCUGGUGCCCCCACAAACCCCGUCCUGCGAAAUCCCCAGCGCGGCGGUGACGGGCUCAGUUGUGCAGCUGCUCUGCAGGGACCAGAAGAGCAUCCCGCCCGCCACGUACUCCUGGUUCAAGGACAACCUGCCCAUCUACCAGCCUCGCCACGCCAACGCCACCUACCUGAUCGACUCCCACACAGGAGUCCUGGAGUUCAAGGCCGUGGUCAAAGAGGACACCGGCCGAUACAGCUGCCUGGCCUCGAACGGAGUGGGAUCGCCCAAGAUGUGCGAGGGCAAGCACAUGACGAUAGAGGACGUCAACGUCUCGGCUGUGGUGGCGGCGGUGCUGGUGGUCUGCCUGGUCGUGGUGGUCUGCGGAUGCGGGGGGUACCUCUUGCACCGCAGUGGUUUCUUCAGCCGCCACAGGGGAAGAUCCAAUGUCAACUACGUCCCUCCGCCCCAAGAACCACAGGAUUUCAAACACACCCAGUCCUUCAUGCUCUGAGAAGCCGGCCUUCCUUCGAGAAUACUUCGACAAGGCGCCAAAAGUGGGACCCUCUCAUAUUUUUGGUUUUUAUCUCUGGACUCUGAGUGAGCUUUCGAUCUUGCAACACGCUUUCACCCCCCCCCCCCCCCAACCCCCCUGUGAGUCCCCUUUGACUGAGGGAAGGCGCCUCCUUACUCUGUCAGUGAUGUGUUCUUGCUCUUUUGAGAUGGAGCUCAUUUUCACCGGUGUUCUGCUCCCCUCUGGUGGUCAGAUGUUGAAAAUCCAAUCAAUGUGUUAAUGAAUGAUGCAGGGACUAGUGGAGUUUUCUGCUCCCCCCCCACCCCCCAUCGUCCUCACAACCUUUAGUUUUCUUUUACCAAAGACCGACUGUUUAAUUUAAGGGAUUUAGAACAUUAAUACCACUCAAAUAUUUACCUCAGCAUCUGCCAAUGUUUUGUGACCCAACCCCCCCCCCCCCAGUGAUCCAUACGGCAACAUAAAACCAUUGAUGUAUUAUGUAUUACAUUCAUUGAAAGCAUUCCGAGAGGAAGCCACUCCAGCCAAUUCUAUUGAGACCAACCCCAUUCCACCCUAAUGUGCCUGCAUGGUCUUUUAUACACACACACACACACGCACACACAUAUAUAUACAUAUAUAUAUAUAUAUACCUUGUGCCUUUUUAAUUUGUCAUAUUUAUCUAUGGAUCACACUUUUUUGUAAAGAAUUGCCUUACUUUGUCUCUGUCUUUCUAUUUUUGUGCCACUGUUUAUUAAUGUUAAUCAAACUGGAAAGUCUGUUUCUCGACACUGUGUGAAUGGGUUGUUCAGAGUUUUAUUUGAAUGGUGUAUAUGUAAUAAAAUGUUUUUCUAUUCUACAACCUACUGGCUGUUAUUGUACUUAGUAGGAUAUUAUUGUUGUACCUAGAAUUGAGUCUUUCUAACCCCCCAAAACUCUUUCCUACCUCAUCCAAACUCCCCAGUCCUCCUCUCCCCUUCUUCCAGGGGACUUUGUCAACUAUUUAACCAAAAAAAUAGCUGACAUAUGCUCCUCUUUCUCAAACCCAUCUCCUACUACUUGUGUCCCACCGACUUCACCUCCAUCGCCCUCGCUUCCCUCUUUCACCCCCCUGUCUCCUAACCAAGUUCUUACCUUAGUAACCUCUGCCCGUCCGACCCCCUGCUCUCUUGACCCCAUUCAAUCCCAUAUUCUACAGUCUCUCCUGACCUUCUUCCUUUCCUCACCUGUCUCAAUAACAACCCUCCGUUAUCUGGCUUUAACCCACUCCUGAAGAAACCCAUCUGAAGAAAACAACUACAGAUUGUCUCUCUUCCCCUUUUGCCCAAAACUCUCCAACCUGCUCUCUUUAACCAACUGAUCUUCUUGGUGUCUCAGAGCAACUCCACACUGCCAGAGCCGCCUCUCUCUCCUCUGUCCUCAUCCUCCUGGACCUUUCUGCUGAAUUUGACACAGGAAGCCACCAGAUCCUUAUUUCUUCUCUUCAGGAUAUUGGUGUCACAGGCUCUGCUCUCUCCCUUCUCUCAUCCUAACUUGGAAACGGUCUGUGUCGGAACCUUGUCCUCUUACUACUGGAGUUCCUCAGAGCUCCCACCUGGGCCCCCUCCUCUCUCUACACCAACUUUCUCGGCUCUGUCAUUCGCUCACAUGGUUUCUCCUACCACAGCUAUGCCGAUGGCACCCAACUAAUUCUCUCCUUCCUUCACUCGGACACUCAGGUGGCAGCAGGGAUCUCUGCCUGUCUGACUGACAUCUCUCAGUGGAUGUUUGCUCACAAUCUGAAAAUAGACUGAAAUAAUUCUCUUUCCGGGGGAAAGAUUCUCCAACCCAUGACCUGACUGUUAACUUUGGCAACUCUGUGUUAACGCCCACUCUUACUGCUAUAGGAACCUCGGCGUGACACUCAGACAGCCAACUCUCCCUGACUGCCAACAUCACAGCGACAAUACGAUCCUGUAGGUCCACGCUCUACAACAUCAGGAGAAUACGAGCCCUUCUCACUCGGAAGGAGGCGCAGGUACUGAUUCAGGCUCUUGUUAUCUCCUGCCUUGACAAAUGUAACUCUCUCCUGGCAGGUCUCCCUGCUGCCGCCAUUCGACCUCUGCAGCUCAUUGGUGCUCACGUACCAUGCUGUGAAUGGAUCGCGUCCAGGCUACAUCCAGGACAUGGUGAAACCCUACAUCCCAACCCGCACUCUCUGCUCUGCAUCUGCCAAGCUGCUUGUUCCUCCCUCACUGAGAGAAAAGCACUCGGCAAGAUCGCAACUCUUUGCUGUCCUGGCUCCUAAAUGGUGGAAUGAGCUCUCUGAUGACAUCAGGACGACAGAGAGCCUUUACAUCUUCCACCGCAAACUAAAGACACACAUCUUCAGACAAAAAUCACUAACAAAUCGUAGGACUUAAAUUGAACUUAUGGCUCUUUUUUAUAGCAAGUUGUAAAUCUGCUUAUUUGGUGAAAUUGCACUUGUUUCUUGUUCUUUUGAGUUUGUAUCCCUAUGAUUGAAAUGCACUUAUUGUAAAUGUGAAUGACAUGUAAUUUGAUCUUUUGUAUCUACACAGUGUUGUUGAAUGUGAAGACAGGUGCUUGUAUUUGUCUCAUUUUUUUUAGAUGUGUGGCUUCGAUGAAUGAAUCUGGGAAAAAGUUCUAAAAGACAAACAGAAUCUCUGAGGAAGGAUAUUUUUUCCAUGACCAGGUACUUUUUAAUUUUGAAUAUUGAAAGCAUACAAUAAUACUUUCCAAAUGAUGUGGCGUCUACCUCCACUAUGCACAAAAUGUAUGAUACUAUAGGAUAUGGUCAAUAUGGCCUUUUACUCUGAAAACACUUUGUCAAAAGAGCUCAUUUUCCUCUACGCAGAUGGAACCUGCAACAGUCAAAUGACGGACUGUAAUUUAGUUUUUCUGUGUCACGGUCCUCUUAUAGAGAAGAAUGUGUGGCUGCCACAGGGAGGCUCAA